AUGCGCAAUGCUGCCAGGAUCAUAUUGGAAAGCACAUUCACUGAAUCCUCAACGAUGUUCUUGCUUCAGAUAAACGGAACUUUGAAAGGACUAACACCCGGUAAACACGGUUUCCAUGUGCAUGAACGUGGUGAUAUUGGGAACGGAUGCAUAGACGCUGGUGGACACUACAAUCCACGAGGACAACCUCAUGGUGGUCCAGACGAUCUUCAAAAGCAUGUCGGUGAUCUAGGAAACAUCAUCGCCAACCUCGAUGUAACAUUUAAACGUCUUUCUCUGAUUCGAUUUCACUCAAUCGUUGGUCGUGCCAUAGUAAUUCACGAGGGAACGGAUGAUCUUGGCAGAGGCGGUGAUGAAGGUAGUAGAAUUGCGGGUAAUGCAGGUGCUCGUGUUGCGUGUGGAGUUAUUGGAAUCGUGGUAAGUUUCGGUAUUUUGUGCCGUUGA